AUACAAUGAUUAUGUAUGUGCCUUUUGCAUUUUGUUUGUGGGCGUCCGAGAUGAUUGCUUGUAUUGCUGUGCCAGAUCAGAGUUUUACUCCAACUCAUGUCAUGACAGCAAAAUAAAAAUGAAAGAGUAGUCAGCCACGCAUUUUCUAAGUGGAACAAGCAACGGCGAAAAUGGACGAGGAGAAGGACGUCAGUGGAGGGAGCGCGCUGGACCGCGAAGCUGCUGUUCGACAGGAGAUUCGCUUGUUGCAGGAGCAACAUGCCUCGGCUAUGAAAGAAGAGAUCACUAGGUUGGAGAAGGCUGCUUCGUUAGACGCUGGGGGAAGCGAAGCCAAUCGAGAGAGUCUGCUCGACCGAGAGGUAGCCAUGCGACAGGAGAUUCGCGCCUUGCAGGAGCAGCGUGCCACUGUAAUGAAGGACGAGAUAAGCAGACUUGCGCAAACUAACGAGCUGCAUGUGGCCAAAUCACAGUUGAUGCAGGCACAGCUGCAGCAAGCAACUCAGGAGGCAGCUAUGUGCAGACAGAGAACAACGAGGGCCAACCAGGAGCUGAAAUCGUGCCAGGAAAAGCUGCUGGACACCGAAGAGAACGCCAGACAAGAACGAUUGCUGUUCGAGGAUGCAGAGCAGCAGCUGAAGGAGGCUGUUACAAAGAAUGGGUCUUUAAUGUUGAAAUUGAAGCGCGCUGAAACUGAGCGCGACGAACAGCAGAAACUGGCAAAGAAGCGUUUGAAGGAGUUGGAGAGUAGUAAGCACGAGUGUAGGUGCCUGCUUUGCCCUGUACAUGCUGAACUCUUGCAGCAAUUGGCAUCCGUAAAGACAACUUCUGGUCACAGUGACUCGCCCGCGACCAUCGCCACACUGAGGGGAGAAGUGCAAAUGGUGUCUCAGGAACUCGGUCAAAGUCGAAAAUGGGUGGUGGAGCAGCUCAAGUCAAUAGAGGACGAUAUGGAGACUGCUAAGGUCAUCUACAGCUUGUACAACGCCUUGUCUCUAGAGCAUGACAGUAUUCAGGAGAUGCAGCGGAGACUGGGGUGGCAGGACCAGCGCAUCAAGCGCAUCCAGGAGGAGAAUCUGAUGCUCAAAGCACAGCUGAAGAAAGUUGAUAGCAAUUAUGUUGUCGAUCCAUGACAAUUCGUCCACUGGGAAGGGAUCGCACUGAUAAGAAGCAGUGUCAACUCGUGCAUGGACGCUAAUGCAGGACCUCCAUUACUGGAUAGCUAGCCUGUACUGGAGUCUUGUCGCUGUUGCUUGUUGGAGGUGCUGUACCACUUGUGUGUGAAGCUGGCUGUGCUGCAUCCGAUCAUCCUUAUCUUGGAUGUACCCACACCGAGCAUCCAUCUGUCUUGUCCGCUUCCUACUCGUAAGGUCUACUGAUGAAUUUCAUCAUUGUUGCUUGUGUUGUCCGGUGUCGAUCCAAUAGAUGUGCUCUUUGCUGGAGGUAACAGCAGGCAGUGUCACUCUCGGAUAUGCUCCGAACUAUCACAUCAGAGAGCGUGGUGCUGAAUCUCGGCCACUAUCUCUAGUCUCUACCCGCGGGCGAAAUCCUGUGCCCAUGGUCUAAGCAAUGCAUUAGUCACAGAACAGGAAUGCUGAAUGUUCACGGGCCAUCAGUAAUAUCCUAAAGAAUAGCGUACUCUUCAGCUAUCAUCCACGCCUCAUUGGCAAAUUGUAACGGAGCUAAAGUCAACCAUGGAUCAUGAUGCUGCUUACCUGUGUGGAGCGGCGGUAUAUGGUGCAAACCCUUACAGCGUCACAGUUGAUUACAACUACAACAUCUCAUUGUGCGGCAUCUGCCACAAGAGCUGUCCAAUGUUGAAGGUACUCAAGUGCAGUCAAACUUCUUUAGGACGUACGCUGAUAAAGAGACCUUUCUAUUUAUUAGGGGUGAAAGUUGGCACUGAGAUCCCGAGUUCGAGUACUCUGAUUUUCUCCGAUCGAAUAUUCGAGUAUUCGAGUAUUUUUCAUCUCCUAAAAAUUGCACACCAAGGGCUUUAAAAUAACAUGGUGCAACCCUGAUUGAACUGAGUAGCAGUCAUUUUUCUCAGGUAUAUUGGUUGGUGGGUCAAUUGGGCUCUCUCCACUCGAGAACAAAUGUUCACCACACAGUCUGCACAUCACCAUCUGCCGACUGCUGCCCUGAAACUGCAGAUUUCUGUAGAAAAUGCAUGUACCACGUAUGAACGAGUACUCUGAUUUAUUCCGAGUACGAUUAUUUUUGAAAAAACCGAGCGAGUACUCGAGUACUCGGUAUAAUUGUUUCACCCCUACUAUUUAUACGAACGAGAGCCAGUUCUACAGCUGACCAGGCAUCAAAUCAAGUAAUAAUCAUUCUUUUAUGAUGAACACCUGUACAGCAAACUUUCGUGAGGACUACCUAUUUUCAAGCGUGAUUUGAACAAAAUCAGCUUGUAGUAUGGACUUUCGGCCCACAUGCGAUAUGCGCAGUCCAGUCAUGUGCCUUCAAAAGUACAUGUACGGCUAGCUAGUGCGUACAAGCAGUAGAGCACACUAACGCUAUGAUUAUUUAUACGUGCAUAGACGUGCAUGAAGUCAUUGCACAUUGUACUUGCCCUGUUGCUGGCUCCGUGUACUGUGGAUAUUAUAAGCUUUACAUGUGCCCACAGUAUUCACGUUCACAUCAAUACAAUCCGUAUGAUGCAUGUAUGCAGAUCUAUUUUUGGUUCAGAUCAGAAGAACUCCGGACAAGACAAACAAACGUGUUCCGUGCCUUGAACUUCCUUUUUCCUGUAUAGAGAAAGUGCGUCCAGCUCACAUAUGGACACUCCAAUCUGUUCUACCUAUCCGCUCACUAAACCAUUAUCAACGUGGCAAGCUCCUGUUGGACUACA